CACGGAGUGGUGUUCGUGCGUACCGCUUUUCAGUUUUUGUCGUUUCCUCCUACACUCAGCUCCUCGUCUAGGACGCUCGCCCUCGGAGCUCGGAAUGUUCCCGGAGCUCAAUAACCUUUUGAACACCACCCCUGACAGGGCAGAGCAGGGGAAACUGACUCUACUCUGUGAUGCCAAGACAGAUGGCAGUUUCCUUGUGCACCACUUUCUUUCCUUCUACCUCAGAGCCAAUUGUAAAGUCUGCUUUGUGGCCCUCAUCCAGUCCUUCAGUCACUACAAUAUUGUGGGACAGAAGCUGGGUGUCAGCCUGACCACUGCUCGGGAGCGUGGGCAGCUUGUGCUCCUUGAGGGUCUCAAGUCCUCCGUGGAUGUCUUCUUCCGGGCCCAGGAAGAGCCACACCCCCUGCAGUUUCUCAGGGAGGCCAAUGCUGAGACUCUGCAGCCAUUGUAUGAGUUUGUGCAGGAGGCCCUGAAGCCCGUGGACAGCGAAGAGGCUGUGUGGAGAUACCCAGUGCUGCUGGUGGACGACCUCAGUGUGCUCCUGAGCUUGGGUGUGGGAGCGGUGGCCGUGCUGGACUUUGUCCACUACUGCAGAGCCACUGUGUGCUGGAAGCUAAAGGGAAGCAUGGUAGCCCUUGUGCAUGACACUGGAGAUGCUGAGGAUGAGGAGAAUGACAUCCUGCUGAAUGGCCUCAGUCACCAGAGCCACCUGAUCCUGCGGGCUGAGGGCCUAGUCACUGGCUUCUGCCGGGACGUGCACGGGCAGCUGACGAUCCUGUGGAGGAGACCGUUGCAGCCCACAGCCCAGCGGGAGCAGAGCCUAACUUACCAGUACAAGAUACAGGACAAGAACGUGUCCUUUUUUGCCAGAGGAAUGUCCCCUGCUGUUCUGUGACCUGAUUUAGGGGCAGUGAGAGCUACCUUGGACUCUUUUUUUUUUAAUGAAAGAUAAAGCAACCUAGCAGGAAUGGAUAUUUAUGCCUUUGUGGUGUAUUUCAGACAGACUAGCAGCUCCACUGGGACCCACCGAUGGUCGAAUGGUGCACCUUUGCUUCCCUGGACUCUGUUCAGAAAACACAACGAGUAACCCAUGACCCCCCUUCUGCAGAGAGAAAGAGGCUGGGUGCUGAGCCCCAGUGAAAGUCCUUUGGAGCCUUCCAUGUAAAUAUGCCCCAACUGCCUGUUUUUGCCAGAGUGAUUAUGAAUAUGCCAGCCAGGAGGCAGUCCAGAUAAUCAUGACUGGUGUACGGUGAGCUCCCGCAUCGUGGCUUCACAUGGGUUGUCUCACUUAAUUUUCACCUUCAUCCUGCAUGGGUGUUUUCCCUUAGAGUCCAGUGAGGAAACAGAGAGGUUAGGAAGUAUGUUCAAGGCGGUAGAGCAGCUUGUUGGUCAUGGGGCCUGGCUCCAAAGUCCAUACUUGCUGACUGCCAGUCGUGGAAACCCGAGACAGGCUCCCCACCUAAUUCACAGCUUUGGGUCUUCCUGUUUCUCCUGGCCUUGCCCGUGCACUGGUGAGUCCUAGCACCAAGGCCUUGGUCACAUAAGGCCCCACGUCAGGUGCAGGUGUGUAUAGCCUUGGUGAGGGGUCAGGAAUGUUCUUGCUGCCAGGUAGCAUGGGGCCUGGUGAGGAGUCAGUGCCUCCUUCUCCUGUGGAGACCACAGGCGGUGAGCUUCUGCCCCAGCAUCCAGCAGACAGCCACUGUCCCACUCAGCCGCUCAGUCAAGGUUGCCUGAGUGUGUACCAGGGGUAUUCUCAAAACAGGUGUAUUUUAGUGUAUGUAAAUUAUACCACAAUGAAUCUGACUUAAAAAAUAAAUGAAGAAGUAACACUGCUUUGCAGUAUACUAAGGAAUUUUCCUGUCGUUUAACUUUUGUAUACGUUUUUAGUCUUUGUAAAAGGAAUUAUUGAUCACCCUCGCCCCCAAACUAUUGUGUUGGUCAUCCCAUGGAAACAAUAGCUGCUUUUUUCUCAAAAGUGGCAGACCUGAGUAUUAUGAGCAAAUAGAAUAUUUGAAAACUAUGAGCAUAAGCAAUUUAAGAGAAAUUAAUAAUUAGUGAUUUUUUAAAUUACUAUUUCAGUAUUUAGAAGAGCUUCAUAUGUUCUUCAGUUCUGAAUGGACAAAACACAAAAAAUUUUUUAACUGAAUGGUGUGAUUAUGUUUUUUUUACUUCAUUUAUAAAUAUUUUCACUGAAUUUUUCAUGCUUAAUGGCUACAUAGUAUUUUAUGGUGUCAAUAUACUCUAAUUUUCUUAGCUGUUCUCGGGCAUGUAGGUUCCUGUUUUCACAAUUAUAAGUUAUGCUGUUAUAUAUUUAAUAUACUAUACCUGUUCGGGGCUAGGGACAAGUACUUGUUUCCGUACAACAUUCACUCAGUGUUCAUUCAUUCAGCAAGUGCUGAGUGCCCUCUACAUGGCAGGCUGUUUCUGGCACUGAGCAUGGCAGUGACAAAAGGAUCGGCCCUUGUGGAGCUGAUGUUCUAGUGGGGGAGACAGACAAUUGGCAAAAUUGAGAAGUAAAAUGUGUAGAGCAUCAGACCGUGGUAAGUGCUAUGAAUAAAGCAGGGAAGGGGCCCAUGAAAAGUGAGGGGUGAGGAUAUUUUAGAGUCCACUCUCUGAACUGGAAUUUUUCAGUUAACACAUGGACUGGCCCUCACACAUUAUCAGGUUGUUCUUCAGAAUGAUGGAGCCAGUUAACACUGAUUUAUAGGUUUUCCUCCACCAACUUCGGGUUUAGUUUAUUUUUAAUUCGUUUAAUAGUUAUGCAAAGUUGUGUGAAAAUGAACAUUUUUUUUAAAUGACUAGGAUGUUAUUUCCUGUUUAUAUUUCCCCGUAUGAACAGAAUCUGUUCCUCACCCUUGAUCACUACCUACCAGUUGAAAUCUGCAAAGUAAAAUUUAUAGGUGUCUUUGUUCAUAUUUUGUGGCAUUUUGAUUUUUUAAAUAUAUUUUAUCUUCAGAAACACUUGUUUUAUAUUGAUAUUCAUUAGUUCAGGAAAUAUUUGUGGAACAUCUGUUUUAUGUAAGGAGUUGUAAAGAUAAAUCAAAAAACAAUCCUAAAGGCACUUGCUGCAGCCCUGAUGGGGAUAGAAAACAGGAAUGUAAAUAGCGUGGUGCCGCAGAGAAGGUGACGAGGGCCAUAAAAACGAUUCUGGGAAGUCGAGGCUGAUGUUCACAGGAAAGAACAAUUACUUCCCGCUCACUUUGCUUUCUCUUUUUUUCGAGUUGGGGAGCAGAGAACUGGGGAAGAGUUUAUGGAGGCAAUGCUAUUUGAACAAGACCUUGGAAUGAUCCUAUUUUGUCUCUGAUGAUAUCUUAGUUCUUCAGGACUCAAAUGUGUUUUUCUUCCUUCCUGGAACAAAGUUGCUAUUCUUUGUUAUUUUUCUAGUUUAAAAUAAUUUUUUAAAUGUGCUUAACAUUUUGACCCGUUUAGAAUUUAUUACAGUAUUGUAGUGAAAUUUAUCUCUGUGCUGGCAACUAGAUAGCAAAAAAUCAAACUGGUUGCUGUCGAGUCGAUUCCUACUCAUAGCGACCCUAUAGGACAGAGUAGAACUGCCCCAUAGGGUUUCCAAGGAGUGGCUGGUGGAUUUGAACUGCUGACCUUUCGGUUAGCAACUGAACUCUUAACCACUGCACCACCAGUCUCCGACAACUAGAUAGCCCAGCAUUUUUUGUAAAAUAAUGUUCCUUUCUCAUUCAUUUCUUUUUGAUGUUUAUACAUAAAGUUUCUAAAAUCAAACCUUUCUGAAAUCAUUGUAUUUGCCUUGUAGUAGGUAUUUAAAAUGUCUGUUAUCAGGAGUCUUUAUUAAAAGGAUAUUGUGCAGAGGAACCCCAGAAGACGUGGCUCCCGGACUCUCUGUUAACCCGGAACUGAAACCAUUCCCGAAGCCAACUCUUCAGAUAAAGAUUAGACAGGACUAUAAGACAUAAAAUGAUACUCGUUAAGAGUGUGCUUUUCUUAAUUCAAGUAGAUCACGAGACUAAAUGGGCAGCUCCUGUCCAGAGGUGAGAUGAGAAGGCAGAAAGGGAUAGGAGCUGGUUGAAUGGACACAGGAAAU